UAUAAAAAGGGAAGCCCAUCAAUUUUCAAUUAAGUUUUAAUUACAUCUCCGUUAUUAACAGUGACUUACAAUAAUCGACAUGCAGUCAAAAAUUUUCAUAGUUUUGAUAUUUUCAAUAUUAGCCAUGAUUGAGUUAAUCUCUGCAACGCCACAAUAUUAUGGACAGGGGGGUGGUCUUUAUGGUGGGGGGCUUUAUGGACAACAAGGUUAUUAUGGUGGACAACAAGGUUUUUAUGGUGGACAACAAGGUCUUUAUGGUGGACAAGGUUAUUAUGGUGGUCUAGGUGGUAGAGGAAGCUAUUAUGGAGGAGGCUGUGGCAAAUAAAUUACCAUUUUACGUUUUUUUCUUCUUUGAAUUAGGAAUUGUUUUGUUGUUUGUGAAAAAUUAAAUAAAUUGAUUUCUUCAAGUGUAUUUUUGU